GCGCCUUCCCAGACUGCGCGCCCUUCGAACCCGCUGCGCUGGAUGCAGCGGUCGCGGUCGCCGUUGCCUCUCCUCGCGCGGCCUUCCCCGGCUUCGACCCAGCUGACCGUGAAGACGAUGGUUUUGGGGGCUUGGCGCACGGCGACGAUGGCGCCGCCUCGGGUCACGUGGCCGAUGGCACUGUCCCUCGCGCGCUCCACCUGAGCUUCCCAGUCCUGCUCGCCAGCGACGACGACAUCAUGGUCGACCUCCCCGCCAACGCCAGCGGUCCUGCUGGUCCCUCCGUUGCACGCGAGGGCGCCUUCCCAUGCCGCGCGCACCUCGACCCCGUGUCUUGCGAGGUGCUCGGCGAUGCCGACGACGCUGCACCUGCUGCUGCCCUUCUCGACGUCGACCCCGUGGACAGCGACGUCGGCGGCAUGCUGAACUACGACGGGGUCGCCAUCGCGACCGUCGAGUCCGCCGGGGACGACCUCCCCGACCUCGCCCCGAGCCACUCCGAGCCGAUCGACAGCGCGUCCGACAGCUCGGUCGGCCUCCUUGCCGACGCCAAUGGCGCCCUGAACUACUUCAACUUGAGCCUGAGAGGCUCGGUGCAG